CUCUGGAGGGCUUUGUCCUUGGAGACCUGGUCCUGAGGAGGGGAGAAGCCUUGUGAGGCCCAGGCCAGGCCAGAGACAAGACAGGGGCUUGCCUCAGGGGCCUCCCCCCAGGCCCUGUCUCCUAAGUGUACAUCACCCCUCUGAUCACAAUCCACAAUAAGAAAUUAUUUUACUCCAUAACCCAGUAUAAGCCAAAACAGUUCUCCUUAUUUUGCUUAUUUUGUGUGUCACGCACAUAUUUUCUGUUUCUCAUAUUUUCUGUUUCAUCAGUGGUUCUCAAAGUAUGGUCCACGGACCAGCAGCACCAGCAUCACCUGGAAGCUUGUUAGAAAUCAAAUUCUCAGGCCCUAGCCCAGACCUACUGAAUCUGAAACUCUGAGGGUGAGGCCGAGAAAUCCGACUUCAUAAGCCCUCCAGGUGAUUCUGAUGCAUGCGAAAGUUUGAGAACCACUAUAAUCCAUUUUUUCAAAGAUUUAUUAUUUAUUUAUUUUUGUUUAUUUUCGGCCACAUCAGGUCUUUAGUUGUGGCACACAGGCUUCCCUCUAGUUGUGGCACGCGGGUUUUCUCUUCUUUAGUUGUGGUGCAUGGGCUCCAGAGCGUGUGCGCUCUGUAGUCGUGAUGUGCGGGCUCCAGAGCGCGCGGGCUCUGUAAUUUGUGGCACACGGGCUCUCUAGUUGAGGCGUGCGAGCUCAGUAGUUGUUGCGCGUGGGCUUAGUUGCCCCGCAGCAUGUGGGAUCUUAGUUCCCUGACCAUGGAUCGAACCCACGUCCCCUGCACUGUAAGGCAGAUUCUUUACCACUGGACCACCAGGGAAGUCCCUAUAAUGCAUUUUUUAAAAAAUGCUGUUUGCAAGCCUAUUACAUUGAUUUCACAAUCCAUAAUUUGGAAAUCCUAUAUUAGGUGCUCUCCCCUCCAUUGCCCCCCACCCCCCGGGGAGGGGCAGUGCUACUUACCAGGUUCAUGGCCUGUGGAAGAGAAGGAGAAUGGAUUAGAAGAGACACAGAGGAGGGCCAGAUGGGAUGGAGGGACAUGUCAUUUCAUCAUCCUCCUCUCAAUGCCCACCUGGCUCUCAGUUCCUGAGAAGCGCAGGGAAGCUCAGAGGUAGCUGUGGACCCUCCCCCAGCCCCACUGCCACCUAGAGGGAGUGCGUGCCAGCUGGGGGUUCCCUGGAAAGGGUAGGAUGAGGGCAGAGGGGCUGGAGAUACAGAUGGUGGACCAAGCUGGGGCCCCUUGGGUCUGUCCACGUGUACUGCACUUUAGGCGUGGGGACUGGGGCGGGAGGCCCAGUCUGCUGGGCAUUUGUGGGCAGGGAGAAGAAGAUGCAGCCUACAGGGGCCUUGACCUGGGCCAGGGCCAUGAACCCAAGGCUCUGAGAUCCUCAGCCACAGAGCAGCCAGGAUUGAGCAUCCAACAAGGAAUGGCCAUGCCCGCCAGUCCCCACCAGUGUCUCCUCCCUGCCCACCUGGAGUCCCCAUGCAAUUAGCAAGCAGCAGUUAGGAGGAAGGAGAAAAGGAAAAUGGAGAAGAAGAGAGGUGGGCCUAGUGGCCCCCAGGUGGUCUUCCUCUCCCUCGUUGUAGGGCUGGCUGUCCCCUUGGGUUCCUGCUUACUCUCCAGGGGCUCUGACCCUGUGUAGCCUGAAGUGGCAAAUGGGCUUCUUCUGCUGCUUGUCUUUCUGAGACCCCCCUGCUGCCCCCCAUAGCUCCUCAGCCCCUUCCCUGUCCCGGGCUGGGGUCAGAGAGCAGCAUCAGGCCUGGGCAGGGCCAGGCCAAGUGGCAGGGGACCCCAUACCUUCAGCUUGGACUGAAUCUCCCGAGAUUUCCGCCUGGCUAGAACCUGCAAGUGGCUAGAGACCUGUAGAGAGAGAGAGAGAGAGAAAGAGAAAAAGAACAGAAAGAACAGAAGAGGCAAGAACAGAGUUUCAGCCAGAAAAGAGGCACAGUGCGGCCAGAGAGCCAGCCAAGGCAGAGGCCUGAGCCGUGCAGAGAAAGUGGUAGAGGCGCCGUGAGUGAGAGGCCGAGGAAGGGCUGGAGGCCCCAGUCAGGCGCCCAACGUACCUUGAUGCCAACCUGGUACUCCCGCACCUUCUUCCGAGCUAGAACCUGUAUGUGGCUGGACACCUAGGGGCCGCCCCGCGCCCAGCCAGAGAGGAAAACACAGACAGUGAGGAGGCAUAGCACAGGGUAGCCACGGGCAAGGAGCAUCCCAGCCCUCAUCUCUGGGACCAAAUGUAAGAGGGGCAACCGUGGGGCGCCUGUGGGCAGACACACCUUGGCCCUGCCAAUUCUGCCCUCUUUUGGCCCUGUCUUGAUCAAGGGCCUACCGUGGCUUUCAGGAGCACCAUGUACAGUUGUACAGGUUGUUCACUGCAUAAGCGCACCUGGCCCAGUGAGGGCUAAAAUCCAGCCCAAGCUCUGCUGGCCAAGCUAUGUGCCCUGGUGCACGACUGCAUCUAAAGUGGAGGAAGAGAGAGACCCAGGAAUCCAAAAUGGCAUCAGUCAUACCACUGAAGGAAGAGAAGCUCCUGGAUGUCAAAAUAGGGGAGCUGCCAAGCUGGAUACUGACGCAGGAUUUCACCCCUAAAGGCAUUGCUGGAGCAUUUCAAAGAGGUUACUACCAGUAUUACGAUAAGUAUGUCAGUGUGAAGAAAGGGAGCUUCGCUGGGCUUUCUACGGUGCUGGCAGCUUACAUGCUUUUCAACUACUGCUGUUCUUACAAGGAGUUCGAACACGAGUGGCCACGCAAGUACCACUGAAGAGGGCCCGGUGUGAAGGGCACACUCUGCAUUCCUGACCUUUGCCCAGCAGCCCUGAAUCCUUUCAUAUCCUAAUUGAGAAUUAACACCCAAUAAAAGAUGACUGGUAA